GAAUGCGAGUGAGUGCGCUAAAUAUCUAAGAGGCGCACGCAUUCUCUAAUUCUUUCAUAUAUUAUGUUCAAAGAAUUUUAUUACUAGUAGGAAAGUGUAAGUGUUAAAAUGUCUCCAAAGUGUCCCGUACCGCCGUUACAAGAUAUCACAUUAUCUUUAACAGCAAGACAGCUGAUACACACAAUAACGAAAAUAUCGACAGAAGAAGAUGUGGCUCUACCUUUUACUAUGGUGUCCUCAUACUACGAGAGUAUGGGAGUGACGAGUGAUAUAUUUCAAGACCUACUUAAUCUUAUACUUACCUCGGAUUAUCUUGACCCAUCAGUGAGAUAUUUUACAAUGAAGCUGCUUCUUAAGGAGAACGUAAAGAGCUUAGCGACAGGCAUGUUCCCGUGUCCAUACUAUAGGAGAAUCCUUGAACUGAUUAUUGAACAAGGCCGCCAUUUGACAUCUUUAAAUAUGAAAGGUGUGUGGGUGAAAGACGAACAUCUACAUUUAAUGUACGAAAUAAUCAAGAACCUACCUAAUCUAACUACGCUUAGUAUACCAUACAUAGCUAACGAUGAAAUACUUAAGUAUAUUGGAGAAAAUAACAAAGUAUUGAAACUGCUCGAUGUCUCUGGUGAAACAGAUAUAACAGAGAUUGGAAUAGAUGCCAUGUUGACGGGUAAUCCACAACUCGCCCAGAGUAUUACUGUUGUUAAUAUUGGAAUGUAUGGUGAAGAAAAUAUAGAUCACACCGAUGUAGCACUGCUAAUCCGAAGACUUCCAAAUUUAACUAAUCUAGGUAGCUAUUCAUAUGUGGGUAAAGCAAUAAAUUACGUGUACAACCACGACUGUCCACCUAAUUUUAAAACGAAAAUACAAUAUAUACAUGAUGUACAAACAAACCAAAGAACUAUGAAAGCUAUUACAGCAAUAUGUCCUUUGGUAGAAACAAUUUACUUAGAAGAGGCUGACCAGGGUGUGCUUCAGCAGUUAAAGGAUCUAAGUUAUGUAAACAAGAUAAAAUUAAAUAAGUUUCAGUGCCAUGAACUACAUCAACUAUUAGAUAAAAUAGGAUACAAGAUAUUAACGUUAAUGUUAUCAGGAUCGAGAGGUUCUUUCAACUUUACUAGAAUAGCAGAAACUUGCCCUAAUUUGGAGAGUCUUGAGUUUUACCAAUGCCAAACUGCAACUCACGAAGAAGAAGUGCCUUUUAAUAAAUUGGAACACAUCGAAAUAAUUCAAGGCAACUUGUCGGGACCGUGCCUCAAGUACCUAAUGACUUGUACUCCAAAGUUGAAAAAACUGAUCAUUGGGGAUGAAAUAAAACUAGACGAUAAUGACUUUGCUCGGAUAUUACGCCGCUAUAAAUUUCCCAAUUUAGAAGCGAUUUGGUUUCCAAAUGCGCCACGAUUGACAAGAGAGACCGUAGACAUGUUAAUGGAGAAUUGCCCUAAACUCCAAAGCCUGGGUCAGUUGAGUGGAUGGAAUUAUACUCCGGAUGACAUGAUGCUUAUGAGAGCGAUUAUCGCAAGUACUAAUACGGACCUAAUUCUCUCUCCUUUGGGUAUAUUUCAACAGGGAACGUAACGAAUGUAUUAAAUAACAUUGUUAAUUUAUUCAAAUUUGGACUUAAUAAAACUUCUAAAAACUA